AUGAUUCGUGGAUCAUCAGCUUUAAAGAGUUUGACAUCUCGUCGUUUAUAUACAACUGGUAUUAAAUACACUACUUUGUCCAAUGGUGUGACAGUUGCAACUGAAACCAACCCAGCAGCUAAAACCUCAUCAGUAGGUUUAUUUUUCGGUGCUGGUUCAAGAUCAGAACAUUCACACUGUAAUGGUGUUUCUGCAUUGACCACCAACGUUUUAGCCUCACAAUCUGCUAAGGGUAGUUUGUUGACUGCCAAGAACGAAAGAGAAUUCAAUGGUAUUAUUGCUCAAACCACCAACGACAACAUCACUGAAGCCGGUAAAUUAAUUGCUUCCAUUGCCUCCAACGCUGUUGAUACUGUUGAAAAAACCGACUUGACAAAACAUAAACAAUACUUAUCUGCUCAAGCUAGUGCUGUUGAAGCUGACCCAAGAUCCAAAGUUUUGAGCCACUUGUACUCUUCGGCCUUCCAAGGUUAUUCUUUGGCUUUGCCAACUUUGGGUACUACCGAGUCAGUUGAAAAUUUGGAAAACCAAGACUCUUUGCGUCACUUGGCCAAACACUUGGUUAACAACAACACGGUCAUUGCUGCCUCUGGUAAUUUUGAUCACGAUAAAUUAGCCGAUGCCAUUGAAGCUAACUUGAAGAUUGCCGAAGGUGUUAAACCUGAAAUCAAGCCAGCAUCUUUCUUGGGUUCUGAAGUCAGAAUGAGAGACGACACUUUGCCAAAAGCUUAUAUUUCCAUUGCUGUUCAUGGUGAAGGCUUAAACUCACCAAACUACUAUUUGGCCAAAGUUGCUGCUGCCAUUUACGGUGAUUUCUACUUGCAUUCUACCAUUGCCAAAUUCACUUCGCCAAAAUUAGCAUCUAUUGUUCAAGAAUACAACAUUGUUGAGUCAUACAACCACUACUCUAAAUCAUUCUCCGACACUGGUAUUUGGGGUUACUAUGCCGAAAUUGCUGACAAAUUUACCAUCGACGAUUUCACCCACUUUUCAUUGAAAGAAUGGAACAGAUUAUCUAUCUCAAUUUCCGAAGCUGAAGUUGCCCGUGCCAAGGCCCAAGUCAAGACUGCUUUGGCAAAAGAAUUAGCUGAUUCCUCUGCUGUCACCUCUGAUAUCGCUGAAAAGGUCUUAUUGGUGGGCCACAGACAAUCAUUAAGGGAAGCAUUUGACAAGAUUGAUGCCAUUAAAGUCAAUGAUGUUAAGGAAUGGGGUAAAUCCAAGGUCUGGGACAGAGAUAUUGUUAUUUCCGGUACAGGUUUGAUUGAAGAUUUGUUGGAUUACAACAGAAACAGAAAUGAAAUGGCCAUGAUGAGAUGGUAA